GCAAACAAUUGAAGAAUCUUUAGCCAACAAAGUUUCAAAUAAUUAUGGAUUACAAUAAAUUAAAUUUUUACACGGAAAAAUUCAAUAAGGACAAUAGAAAUAUCAAAAUCGUAGAGACUUUCGUUCCGGUGAUUAAAGAAAAACCGAUUACUGGUAAAUUUUACUCGAAAUUUGACUCGGGGAUCGGGAAAGUUGAAGAAAAAUUUAUUAAAUUAAUAGAAAGACGUACGGAGAUGGUUCCGAAAGAUAUUUAUCCAUACAAACCCCCGACCGCAAAUAUGGAAUACGGGUGGUUUUCAGAGCCACUGGUACCGCGAUCAAAGGAUCCGAGACUUUAUUUUCCUUUGAAGCAGAGCGAUGUCGUUAAAAUUGAAAUGAGAAUUCGUCAAGUUGAUAAUAAUAAUUUUCGCAAAUCAACAGGGGCCACUUUCAAAACUGGAUGA